AUGAGCCCCCCUUCAGGAAAAGGAAAAGACGCCAAGGCUCUACUCCAGAAGACAAUCCGCUCGUUCCUCAAUUGUGGUGGCCCGCCAUAUCUGAUCCUUGACACAAGGCCACGACGGAUAUUUUGCGCACGACACCUUUCCCCCUCGACAAACAUUCCGCUGCAUCGACUGGACGGAUCGUGGUUCAAGUUACCCGCUAAACAAACGCCGUUUGCGGUUCUCGAAUCGCCACAGGAAGAUACAACCGAUGGUCAGGACGAUGAGUUUAAGAAAUUGGAGAGAUCAGAUCCCAGGGCCGAUCAAUUUGGAAGGCAGAUCAGGAGCAGCAAUAUCUUGAAGAGUCGAGGAUACAGGACAGAAUGGACAUUUGAGGAUCACCCACUCUUCUGGACGACGUUCGCCGAAGAGCUGUCUCUAUCCUCCAUGAAUAGAGAUCCUGGACAGCAUACCCAGCCUGCGCUCGAGAUCAUUGACGGAAGCAAGCCCAGCAAGGAGAGGUACAACUUCUUAUUUCAGCCGAACCCCAUCUUAGUCAAGAUCCUGCCAACAGUUGAGCGAGAACUCUUAGCCUCGCGAUCCACACAGCAAGCCAAGUCACCCCAUGGAUCGAAUCUGCUACGUUGUCUCGAUGUCGGGUGUGGAGCUGGUCGGGAUAUGAUAUAUAUGGUCGCCAGAUCAGCUAAUGGCCUGGCAAUCAACGGCGCGGAGUGGUCGGCUCUUGGGAUGGAUCAACGCGAAGACAUGUGCGGGCUUGGGCAACAGCUAGUCGACGAUACAUUUUUCCAGGAUCCUGGCGAGCAUAUCGAUGCAAAGAUAACGGAUCCCGGAAUGGAGCUGGCGACGCGCGUGGGCUUUUUGGUAGGCAAGGUCGAUUCAGAGUCCGGUGUCUUUUGGGUCUCUUCACCAUCAUCCAUACCAUCGCACCCACAGGGCAAAGCCGGUCCAUUGCGGCUACAGAAUAUUCGGUAUCACGAUGUAGUGCUCGACCAGCAACAGCAACAACUCUUGGGUAGCGCUGCAGCAACAGAGACCAAAGACCAGCGGUUCGAUCUGAUCAUCAUGAUCCGCUUUCUUCAGCGGUCAUUGUUUGCGCCCCUGGUUGAAAACUGGCUGCGCCCAGGCGGGUUUAUCAUUUUGAGCACAUUUGUAUCGGACAAGGACCUCCCUCAGUACUCCAAACCAGGGCCAGCACACCGCCUGCAGUCCAGGUCGGAGGCCAGCGACAUCUUUGAAUCGUUGGGCCUGAAUAUUGUGUCUGAGGAGGUUUCUUUGAUCGAGGACGGAAGGCGGCCAGUCGCCACAGUAGUUGCACGGAAGCCAUAG